UUUAAACAAAUACCAACUCAACUAUGAACUAAUGAUUCCAUCAACUUUCAGUGAAGCACAUAUUAAAAUCAAUUUUUAAUAAAUAUCACUGAGGAAACAUUAUAACAUCAAUGGCAUAAUGUCUUUGUGUACCUUUUAUUUGGCCUAUUUACAGAGUGACAUCACUAGUUUUAACAAGAAUUCAUAAAAUGCCUGCCAUGUGUCAGGCCUGUGGCUCCAUAAUGCCUUUUGUUUAAUGUUUUUUGCAAAGAAAGUGUGUCCUGAAGGAUGGAUCAUGUUCAGUGAUAGCUGUUAUGUAUUAUCUGAAAAGCUUGGUUCCUGGGAUGAAGGUAGAGAUGACUGCAGAAGCAAAGGAGCAGAUCUGGUGGUGAUAGAAAGCCUUGAAGACAAGACAUUUAUGUCUAGUUACAUUAAGGAACGUGCUUGGAUUGGUUUGAAUGACAAAGAAGAGGAAGGAAAGUGGAAAUGGGUCGAUGGAACUCCACUGACUCUACAAGCUGAGCUCAGAAAUAAUCCACAUCCUUUCACGCAAUGGAGGAAAUUUAUGUCAAUGAACGAUAUGUCAAACCUGCCAACAAGCCAUCUAUAAAAAACCCCACAGCUCCAAGAAGCUACAAGAGAAGCUUUUAUUUAGUUGUUAUUCUCUCGUUGGGGCUGCUGGCUGGACUUCUCACUCUUGCUUUCUACUACAAAAACUCCUUACAAGAUUCAGCUGAAUAUCUCUCAAUGAGUAACAAACUUUCCUCAAUAACUGAGGAGAGAGAGCUUCUAAAUGCAAAUGUCUCUGCAGUGAGUAACCAACUUUCUUCUAUGACUGAGGAGAGAGACCUGCUGAAGGCCAACCUCACUGAAAUGACUAAAGAGAUGGAGAGACUGCAGAGUUUGUUCAACCAGAAUAAAGCAUGCCCUGCAGGAUGGAGCAAGUUCAGCUGUAGCUGCUAUCUCCUCUCUGAAAGGUCUGCUUCCUGGGAUGCAGCCAGAAAGAACUGCAGAGACAGAGGAGCAGAUCUGAUGGUUAUUGACACUCCUGAAGAACAGAUGAUCCUCUCUGUAAUCAUCACAGAAGACGCUUGGAUUGGUUUGAAUGACAAAGAAAAGGAGGGAACAUGGAAAUGGGUAGAUGGAACGCCACUGACUCUCAGGUACUGGGCAGGAGACCAACCUGAUAAUGGUGGUGGACUGGAAGACUGUGCUCAUAUCAUAAAUAAUAAUAAAAAGUCCUGGAAUGAUCUUCCAUGUUCAACUUCUCUAAAGUGGAUCUGUGAAAAAAUACCAUAAAAUCAAUGUACAGUUUCUCAGAAAUGAUAUAAUCAAAAAAUGUUUUACGGUUUUAGCUGUGAUUGUAAUUCCACAUUAUAACUUUGAUAUGCUCUGUCAUGAUGAGGCAUUUUGUUGUAGCUUUUUUAUAAGUCAGUGGAAAUCAAACACAAGCACGGCUAAGCAUAAGCGGUUAAUUUUUGAUAUUUCUAUUUGAAAUUAUUUGAUUUUUAAUGUAAUUUUCUUCUUCUGGUAGUUUUUCUUUAUCUAUUGUGGUAUUAUUUUAAUUAAGUCUUUUAUUUCUUUUCCUUCUUCUUCAUAGUUGUUUUACUCAGUUUCAGUUCACGAUCAUAUAUUUUGCUUCAUAUCACAUUGUAUUACCUCAUAAUAGAGGUAGUUUUUUUUCCUGCAGUGUUUCUUUAUGUUCCUCCCUCUGUCUCAUUUCUGUGUUGUUGAGUGUUAGUAUUCAUUAGGGUUAGUUGUCUUUUGCAUAUUUCCUCUUUUCCAUUUGUUUCCUGCGUUUGUAUUACUUCCUGCUUCAGUUUUUCCCUCAUUUCUUUCAUUGUUAUGUUUUUGAUGGUGUUUGAGUGACCUUGUACGUGUCAUUCUGUCUUACAAUAAACUGCAAAAACAAAAGAUCUAAAGUGCUCUUC